AAUGGGUAAUACAAAUGGAUAACAAAGCUUACUAGUUUUAGAUUAAAAUUAUGCUUACCAAACUCUAAAAACACAUCCUGUGUUUGGUGAGAUUAAGCUUUAUAAACAUAGUGAAACAGGUAGGAAAAUUGCUAUAAUCAAUAAGCAAAUUUUUGAGUCAGAAUAACAUAAUAUGAAAUAAGAAACUUAUUUGAAGAGAAAAUCUUAUGACAAUAUAAACCUUCUAAAAGUUUUAGGUUUUUAGAAACUUGUUGCAAAUGAUUUAUGUUCUCAAAUUAGAUAUCUAUCUAUCUAAGUUGAAUAUUAUGAAAAUACUAUCACUUAAUUUAAAGAAAAGUUUACAGAAAAAGAAUUAUAUUAUUUAAUAUUCUCAUUGUGUGAUGCAAUGGAUUAUUGCAAAUAAAAUAAUAAUGAAAUAACAGACUUGCAUCCAUCUAAAAUUUUAGUUACAGAUGAUGGAUUUAUUAAAUUAGUAGACAACAUUGUUGCUUUGGAGGCAAUAUCUAAUUUUCAUUAAGUUAAAUAUAAUGAUCGCUAAGUUGAGUAUUUAGCACCAGAAUAAUUAGAAUUGUUUUCUGGAUUAAAAAAUAAGAUUAAUUAAGAAAAAGCUAAUAUUUUUUGUUUAGGUUUAUUAUUAUCAUAAUUAAUCACAAAAUAGCCUGUGAGUGAUUAUUACCUUGAGGAAUUUGUUAAUUUAAAUUUAUUAUUUAAAAGGCUGGAUUAAAAAUUUGCAUAGUACUCUUACUCUAAUAGUCUUUAUACUUUAUUAAAAGAGAUGUUAGCUCAUGAUCCAGAAGAAAGAUUAUCAACUAAAUAAGUAUUAGCAAAGAAAUAAUAUCAUCACUUUGUUAGCAAUUUAGAUGGUGACUCAGUAGAUUUUGCAGAGCAUCAUCCACCUGAUUCCAUAUUAUAAUCACCAAAUUCCUAUUACUAAGAAGAAUAAUAAAUGUCAUAUCAUAGAAAAAAAGAAUCUGUUCUAUCUCUAAAAGCUGCUAAUGAGGAAUUUUUAAUUACAGAUUAAUCAUUGUAAAAGAGAAUUGAUUAAGCCUUAGCUGAAUCCAAUAAAUUAUUAGAUUAAUUAAGCGUUUCAUCACCAAUCACUAAAUUUUAAAGUAGAGCAACUAUUAAUGGUAUUUAUGACUCAGUGCAAAAUCCUUUAGUUUAAUUAACUGAAUCAAGAAUCAAAAGAUUAAUUGACAAUUCAGAAGAAGCAAUAGAAAAAUCAUUAUAACAAUCAAAAACAUAUAUGUGAG